AGACAGGCAGUUGAAUUUCUGAUCACGGAAACCGAAAGGCGCGCGUCGAUCAAGUCGGCAGUAAAGCAUUAAGUAAGAGAGUGAAUUAGCGCGGGAGCAUUAUAAUCCAUAAGUGCAAUAAAGUAGCAUUAAAAAUAUUGUUUCGCUCUGUCUGCCGAUUCGUAGAAGUAUAGACAAUAAAGUGUAUAUAUCGUGUAAAAUCGAGAUGGAGAAACACGUAACCCCAAUGAAACGAAAAUGCAUAUUGAAACUUUGGAUCAUUCACAUACUCGCAGGUAUAGCUAUAUCGAGUAUGGCUGCAUUUGUAAUAUUUACAUUUACGAAUACUUUUGACAAUGCAAUUCUGUCCAGUCUGGAAUUGAAAAAUGGCACAUCCGUUUUCACAUGGUGGGAACGGCCACCCGUAAGACCCAUUUAUAAGAUACGAAUUUUCAAUUAUUCGAACGUCGAGGAUUUUCAAAGUGGUAAAGACAGCAAGUUGCGAGUCGAGGAGGUUGGGCCUUAUGUUUACCGUGAGACCCUAUCUAGGGUUAACGUGAAACUCCACGAGAACGGUACAGCGAGUUAUCAGGAAAAGAGAAGCUUUCAGUGGGAAGGAGGAAGUUCAGACGAUGAAAAAAUCGAAAUACCAAAUAUUAUGUUACUGACGACACUAGCAUUUACACGGGAUAAGUCCUACUUGGCUCAACUCUCCGUUACGACCUUAUUGAGCAGUUUACGGGUGAAGACAUUCAACUCCUUGACAGUUCGAGAUUUUUUGUGGGGUUAUGACGACGAGAUCUAUAACAUGGUUAAACAUAUUAUAACCUUGCAGUAUGGCUCCGCUCUUGAAAAAUUUGGAUUAUUGGCAACGAAAACUGGAGUUUCCAAAGAUCGUAUCACUAUCGACACGGGAUCCAAAGGUGAUUUAAGAAAUCUCGGAGUGUAUCAAAGAUUCAACGGGAUGAAAAGCCGUCCAAUAUGGGGUGACGAGAAAUGCGACAGAAUUGAAGGAACCGAUGGCAGUAUGUUUCCGCCGCAAUUAGUUAAGGACCGUAACGCGACUCUUCAGAUUUACGUAAAGGAUAUGUGCCGAGCGAUUCCCUUAAAACUUCACGGUCACGGAAAUGCUCUGGGUAUACCAACUUUGAGGUACAAACUGCCAGCGGAUGUGUUUACGUCAUCGGACACGAAGGAUUCCUGCUUCUGUACAAAAAUUUCAAAAGACGAAGAAGCGUCUUCUGCGAAAAAAUGCCCACCAGUAGGUAUCUUCAACGUAUCCUCUUGUAAUUUUGGUGCCCCUAUGUUGAUAUCCCUUCCGCACUUUUAUCUCGCGGAAAAAUCAGUUUCUACAAAUAUUGAUGGAUUAAACCCGAGUAAGGAGCUACACGAGACCUACAUGGACCUACAUCCGCGUCUGGGUAUACCGAUCGGGGGCUGGUCUAGGUUUCAAAUAAAUAUUGAAGUUCGCAAAGCAAUAGGUGUACCGUUUAUAGGUAAACUGAAAGACGGUACUAUCUUACCCCUCAUGUGGAUGGAAGUGGGAAUCGACGAAAUGCCAGAACAAUUACUCAGCCUCCUUCAACAUGCUUAUUUCACAGCUCGGGUUGUUGAAGGAAUCCUUCAAUGGGGUAGUUUGAUAUGUCUUUUCCUAUCCCUAACGACAAUUUUAAUAAUGUUGCAAAAAAAAAAAGCACAGCAGCAACCUCUUCAUAGACUCCAAAGAAACGUAUCCGGUCAGGAUCGUCUUUUGGGAUAAAAAUAAUCUCGCAUCAUUUGUGCGAUAAAGAAACGUCAAUGGGCGUUUGACUAUGACACCAAUAGUCGAAUAUUGUUCCGCUAACGAAUAGGUUCGAUCAUUAUGAAAAAUUUUGAAAAUUCCUCAUAAGAACAUUUCCGUUUUCGUUGGCACAUUUUACACGCGACGAUACAGUACACAGGGACUGUCAAUAAUUCGAUUAAGAAUGUCAAGUAUUAUUAUCAUCGCCAUCGCAAUUUUUUUGCAAAUUUAGUUUCAAUUGAUAGUCACGUGAUAUUGGUAUGAAUGAAAUUCACUAUAAAUUACUUAUACAAUGUAUGAGACUCAGUGGGGAAAAGAAAUGAAUUGCAUUUUAGAAUUAUUGACAGUAGACUGAGCUUUGCGAUUUCGAAAAAAAUUAUUAUAGUUAUUACCACAAUUGAUAGAUACAUAUGCGACCUAAUAUCAAUGAAAAAAAAAUAUAUUUUUUGCUAGUCAAUUUCGUACCGCAAAAAUGAGAUUACACUUGGCAGUCUAUGCUAUAGUGAAAAUAUAUUGAAGGAAUGUGUAACGAAGCUUUAGUGUAUGAUUGCAUGAUAUUAAUUUAAUUGGACUUGCAUUGUAUUUGGGAAAGUGUUGAAAAACCUGUAUCUUAUACGAUUUAUUCCUGUGCGAAUGAUACGUUAUUAGGAAUUCAUUCGUUACCUAUAAGUGGAACUAUUUCCAAUAAAGAUUUGUCAUAUAGUGUAUGGCUAUGGUAUAAAGAUAUGACAGCCUUAUACAUAUAUAUAGACAUUAUGUUGUCUAUAAAAGAGAGAUAGAAAUAGAGAGAGAGAGAGAGAGAGAGAGAGAGAGAGAGAGAGAGAGAGAGAGAGAGAACUUCAAGUGCCAUAUUAAUUAAUACUCGAUAAUCAAAGAGAACAUUUAUAUGUAUAAUCUUUGUUAAUCAAGGUCACUAAGACUUUUAUGUAUAAUAUAGGCUUUAUAUAAAUCACUUUACGCUCGUUUACUGCGUUCAGAUAUAUGCGGAGUGUGUUGUUAGUAUCUUAUUAUUAUAGCGGUUAUCGCGUUUUGUAUUUCAUUUAGAAAGCCCUCGAAUGGCAUGAUGUGUGACGUAUGGUAUGAUAAUUCGAUAUGUCUUAUAUGAAAUUUUGUUAAAAAUAAAUCUAAUCUUAUAUGAUUCGUUUUUUUUAAAUCUGA